AUGUGCAUAACAGUUGAGAGGAAUGACAAGUUUACUUGCGGUUUUGGUGCCUCAGAAGAAGCAGUCAGCGUCUUGACAGUUGACAGCUCUUUCGGCAACCCGUCCACGCACGAUGACCUUGAACAAAUCCCCGAGAACGAUGGCACUAAUGGCACUUCUACGACCCGAUGCAACUUCACAGACCUACAUCCACCGACAUCGACAUCACGAAUGGUUAUUAACCUGCGAGCGGCAGCCAGCCACGCCGACCAAUCAGUUACCCACUUUUCGUCACGUGACCCGACCACAACAAUCCGCUCGACUGUCCCGAUACGCCAGCGCCAGAGCGCUGCAUUCAGUUGGAGUGAAGCGAGUGUACAGUGCGCAUACAGUGAUGUAAACACAGGUGGUGAUAUGCAAGUGAAUGUGACGGCUGACGCUCCAGCAACCGCUCCCCUGGUCCAAGUACCCGAUAUCGGUACCACCGGCGACCAUGGGCUAAGGAACAGGACCAGUUUCUUCCAGGAUGCCAGCCUCAGCAGCGCCAAUGUGGUGGGAUUGCCGUGCCACAACCGCUACGCUUCCGUGCCUGUCACCUGUGGCCCUAGCAGACCCACAACCACUCACGGCCUGCUUCCUAUCCAUUCUAGAAACAUAUCCGAGCCUUUCAACCAUUCUAGAAGCAGCUCAGUGCCCAAAUGUAUGCCGGCUGUGGCCAGACAGGAAAGCGGCACCACUACCACAACAACAACAGUACCCAGUAGUUCUAGGUUCGCGCAACAGGUCAACAACGCGAACGUCAGCAACGUCAACGUGAAUUUCUACCGAGCUGUGCCUGUCAACGUCGUUUCCUCGGUGCCUACGAUCCGUUGCUUGAAUUCCUCCAAUAAUGGGCAAGGGAAUGAAGUGUCCAACGUGCAGGUACUACCUCUGGGGUCCGGGUACGAGUCCCACGUGUCUGCUAGCAGUGCCGGGGUGACGAGUUGUUCGGUACCAUCGUCCUCCGGUGGUACUGUGCAAGUUGUGACUGGUUGUGUGCCUACUAUCCAGAUCAAGGGUGGCGAGGCGAGGACUUUCACUAGUACCGAGGCGCAAACCGAUGAAAUCUCGGUACUACCCUCGUCUGGGGAAGAAGAUAGAGAGCGUCGACGUAGGGAGCGUCGGGAUAGGCGUCAACAGCGUCGUAGCGCUCCUGUGACGCCUAGGGCUCCUGAGGGGGACAAUUUCGUGGGAGUGGGUAAUCCAAGGUUGCCGGAUCUGCUGAACAGUCACCAGCCCCCGCCCUAUACUACCCUCGGCAGUGGGGUACUGCCUCCGCAGGCUCCUUUGGGGGUGCCUCCUCACCAGUUGGCGGUUUUGCAGACAGUGGUUCCUAAUAAUGUAGUGCCUCACAGUGGGUUCGUGUUUCCGGGGGCGCCUACUGGAGUGGUACCUGGUCACCAUCAGGUUCCUAUGGUUCAGGGGGUAGCGCCAGUGGCUGUGCCCCAUGCGGAUGUUGGGGGGUUCAGGUUUCCGUUUCCGGUUGCUGGAUUCAGCAGGUGA